AUGUCCUCAUCAGGAAAAGCCGCCACUGCCUUCUCCUGCCUCUCUUCCCAGUGCUUCGACCUCCUCACCAGGUCCUGCGUCAAGUGCUCCGACUUGUUCAAGGACAACACAACAGAACCUGCCCAUGCGGCACCCACCUCCACCCUGACGCCCACCCUCCCAUCAAUGGAACUGCCCAGCACCUUCCUGAUCAUUGGGGUCCCAGCAAUAGUGGGAUUCAUCCUGGCUCUGGCCAUCUGGGGCUUCCUGGCCUGCAAGGUGGGCAAGCAGAAGAGGAAGAGGAAGGUGGCAGACGAGGAGGCUGAAGCAAAUGUGGAUGCCGCUGGCCCUCUGCCUGGCCUGGGCUACCAGGACCCAGCCACGCCGGAGGGAGAAGUUGCCCUGGCCCUGGCCCCGGCCCCGUGCCUGAAGCUCAACGGAGGCCUGACGAUGCCAGGGCCACCCAGGAAAGCUGGGGCAAAGCGGAGGCCAUGCUGCCAGGGUGAUGCUGACGGCGACAUUGUCCUGCUCUCCACCGUGUACCCCCGGCAUGAGGAGUGCAACCAUGGCUUCCCGCUGCCCGCCACCGAGCUGGGGGCCACAGCCCUGGUCACCACAAAAACCACCCAGAACUGUACUGGCGAGGAGAGAGCCUGA